AUGCAGCGCAAAGCGGUGGACUCGCGCAUUCCAGCGCUCAUUCAAAAUGGCCUGCAAGAGAAGAAGAGAAGCUUCUUCGUCGUCGUGGGAGAUAGGUCCAAGGACGUGAUCGUGCGUCUGCACUAUAUCAUGUCCCAGUUCGACAUCAAGCAGAACAAAUCCGUUCUGUGGGCUUAUAAGAACAAGCUUCUAGGCUUCACCAGUCACCGAAAGAAGCGCGAGCAAAAGAUCAAGAAGGAGAUCAAGCGAGGAAUUCGAGAAGCCAACACUGAGGACCCCUUCGAGCUGUUCGUUUCGCUGCACAAUAUUCGAUAUACCUACUACAAGGAGACCGACAAGAUCUUGGGUCAGACGUUUGGCAUGUGUAUUCUCCAGGACUUCGAGGCCAUCACACCUAACAUCCUUGCGCGAACUAUCGAGACUGUCGAGGGUGGUGGAUUGGUUGUCCUGCUACUGAAGGGAAUGAACAGUUUGAAGCAGCUUUACAGCUUGUCUAUGGACGUCCACUCGCGUUACAGGACAGAAGCCCAUGACGAUGUGGUCGCUCGUUUCAACGAGCGUUUCAUCCUGUCUCUGGGUAGCUGCAACUCUUGCUUGGUUAUCGAUGACGAGAUGAACGUACUGCCUAUCUCAGGUGGUAAGGGUGUCAAGAAGCUGCCUCCACCUGACCUGGACAAUGCCAAGACCGAGUCGCAAGUUGAGCUUGAGGCUAUGAAGGAGCAGAACGAAGGCCGACAGCCUGUCGGACCUCUUAUCUCUCUCGCCAAAACUGUCGACCAGGCCAAGGCCCUCAUGACAUUUACAGAUGCUAUUGCCGAGAAGACCCUACGAAGCACAGUCACUCUAACCGCUGCCCGAGGCCGUGGAAAGUCUGCUGCCAUGGGUGUUGCUGUUGCAGCUGCUGUUGCAUACGGAUACAGCAACAUCUUCAUCACAUCUCCUUCGCCCGAGAACUUGAAGACUCUCUUUGAGUUUGUCUUCAAGGGUUUUGAUGAGCUUGGCUACGCUGAUCACGCUGAUUACUCGAUUAUCCAGAGCACUAACCCCGACUUUAACAAGGCCAUCGUCCGAGUUAACAUUCACCGACAACACAGACAAACUAUUCAGUACAUCCGACCCCAAGACGCGCAUGUGCUGGGACAGGCUGAGUUGGUGGUCAUCGACGAGGCGGCAGCUAUUCCUCUACCUCUUGUGAAGAAGCUCAUGGGCCCUUACCUGGUCUUCAUGGCCUCCACCAUCAACGGUUACGAGGGUACUGGUCGAUCUCUUUCUCUCAAGCUCAUUAAGCAGCUGAGAGACCAAUCGCGCACUGCUUCCACCGCCGGCGAGGGCAUGGAGAUCGCAGAUCGAUCAACUGGCAAGACAUCAAAGACUGAGGAGUUCCAAGCCGGACGUAAGCUGCGAGAGAUCACCUUGUCUGAGCCUAUCCGAUAUGCCCAGGGCGAUGCUGUGGAGAAGUGGCUCAACACUGUUCUUUGUCUCGACGCAACUCUCCCCAAGAGCAAGUCGAGUAUCAACGGAUGUCCUGAUCCAACACAAUGUCAGCUCCUUAACGUCAACCGAGAUACCCUCUUCUCUUUCCACCCCGUAUCCGAGAAAUUCCUACAGCAAAUGGUCGCCUUGUACGUCGCUAGUCACUACAAGAACUCGCCCGAUGAUCUCCAGCUCAUGAGCGAUGCUCCUGCGCACGAACUAUUCGUUCUUGUUCCCCCAGUUUCUGAAGAUAGCGCAAGAUUGCCAGAACCUUUGUGUGUUAUCCAGGUUUCUCUAGAAGGAAAGAUUAGCAGACAGAGCGUUCUCAACAGUUUGAGCCGAGGACAGCGCCCCCAUGGUGAUCUUAUUCCCUGGCUGGUCAGCCAGCAGUUCCAGGACGAGGACUUUGCUUCUCUCUCUGGUGCUCGAGUUGUCCGUAUUGCCACAAACCCCGAGUACGUCUCAAUGGGUUACGGCUCAAAGGCUCUAGAACUCCUCGUCGAUUAUUACGAGGGCCGCUUCGCCAACUUGUCUGAGAACGAAGACCAAGUCAUGGAUGAGGCGGUAACCCGAGUUGCUGAUGCUGAGUUGUCCAACGCCAACUUGCUCGACGAUGAUAUCAAGGUGCGAGACAUUAACAAGAUGCCUCCUCUGUUUUCCAAGCUUUCGGAGAAGAAGCCUGAGCGACUCGACUACGUGGGUGUGAGCUACGGCCUGACCCAGCCUCUCCACAGAUUCUGGAAGAGAGCGGCUUUCUCUCCUGUUUACUUGCGCCAAACCGCCAACGAUCUCACCGGCGAGCACACUUCUGUUAUGCUUCGGCCGCUUGAGAACAGCGAUGACCGAAGCUGGCUCGGUGCUUUCUCCCGGGAUUUCCACAAGCGUUUCCUGUCACUGUUGUCAUACCAGUUCCGCUCCUUCUCUCCUUCUACCGCUCUUGGUAUCAAUGAGUCUGCCAACAACGGCGCAAGCUUGGACUCGUAUGAGGUUCAGCCAUUGACCAAGGCAGAUCUCGAUCGAUACAUGACUCCUUUCGAUCUCAAGCGACUCGAAUCGUACGCUAACAACAUGCUCGACUACCGCGUUGUCCUCGACCUUGUUCCUACCAUUGCCACUCUCUACUUUACAGGACGUAUCAAGGAGAGUAUUUCUCUGUCAGGAGUCCACCAAGCCAUCCUGCUCGCUAUUGGUCUGCAGCACAAGGACAUUGAGGACAUAUCUAAAGAGCUCAACCUGCCAACAUCUCAGCUCCUCUCCAUGUUCAUCAAGAUCCUACGUAAGGUGACUGGCCACUUCGCUACUCUCGUUUCGGAUGCUGUGGACGCAGAGCUUCCCAAGGCUGAGCGUCUAGGCGUCAGCCGUGAGAACGCCAGUGGGGCUCACGACGACGAAAUUGUGGAUCAGCGUUACGUGCCUCUUGAUACUACUCUUGAUGAGGAGCUUGAGGAGGGUGGUGAUGAAGCUAUGAAGGAGCUCAAGAAGAAGCAAAGAGAACUUAUUGACUCUUUGCCUCUUGACCAAUAUGAGAUUGAGGGCGAUACUCCUGCAUGGGAAGAUGCGGAAAAACAGGUCCUGAGUGCCACGAAGCAGGGCAAUUCAAACCCGGUCGUCAGUGUCAAGUCAGCCAAGCAGAAGAGAAAGGCUGGCCAGCAGACAGCGGCUGAGGUGUACGAGGAGGAAUUCGGCGAGAAGAAGAAGAAGGGCAGCAAGAGGGCGAAAAAGUCGACAUGA